ACCGUCUCUUCUGUUCUGCCCUGCUCGUGCUCGUGCAUUCACCCACCGGGGCGGGCGUCUCUCUCACCGCCUUGCCACGCCAGCACGCCACUGUGCUCUGCCUCUGCUCGACUGCUCCUCCAUAUUAAGAGGCCCUCCCGCGCGCCCGCCUCUCGCCGUGCUCGUCGUCCCUUCGUUACCCGGGUCAGUGCCGCCGUCGGUAGCAGAGGAGCAGUAGGUGGCCAGUCAGUCAGCCAAUUGUCCGCUCGUCCACUCCGUUCGAGCUCUCCUACUCUUCACCACCCACCCAUCCAUCCAUCCAUCCAUCGGCGAGCGCGAGAGCACACUGUUGCAUUGCUGAUCGCUCCGUCUCCGCUGCCGACGAGGACGAGGAAGAACGAGGGAGAGACGCAGACAGGCUGCGUUGCGCCAUGAGGAGAGCAGGGGGGCUAUCGCGCGCGGGCCACGGCGCGGCGCCGGCGGCGGGGGUCAUGCGGGCGGCGGCGUCCGCGUUCUUCGCGGGGUACCACUGCUUCACCUCCGUGGCGGCGCUGCUGGCGCUGCCGUUCUCGGCGGCGGUGCUGGUGGCCGAGGCGGCGGCGGCGGCGCCAGCGCCGGCGCCGGUGGCGCUGCGCGCGCUAGCGGCGCGGCUGCGCGCCGUGUUCGCCGCCGCGGGGUUCCCGCCCUCGCCCUUCUUCGCGCUGCUCGAGGCCAAGCUGUCGCAGACCGUCUUCACGUUCGCCGCCGCGCUGCCGUUCGCGCUCACCUUCCUGCUGCUCGCCAAGGCCUGCGUCGCCGCCAUGCUCCGGGACGACGCCGCGUCGCCGAGGCGGCACCGGCGGCGCAGGUGGCCCGGCGUCGCCGCGCUCCCGGCGUGCGGGGCCGUCGCGCGCGCGUACCCGGCCGUGCUCGCCACGCACGUCCUCGGCGCCUUCCUCAUGCUGUCCGCCAACGCGGCGGCGUUCUCGCUGCUGCUGCUGGCGUUCGGCGCGGCCGACCUGCUGGGGCUCACGUCCCGCGCCUGGACGCUGGCGCUCUCGGCCGCGGGCGCCGUCGCCUACUCGCUGGCGGUCGGGGUCGCCGCCGUGGUCUGCAACCUCGCCGUCGUCGUGGCCGCCACGGAGCCCGGGUGCGCGGGCCACGCCGCGGUGCUCAGGGCCUGCGUCGCGAUCCGGGGCCGGGUGUCCACGGCGCUCGCGCUCGCGCUGCCUACCAACCUCGGCAUGGCCGCCGCCGAGGCGCUCUUCGGCCUCCGCGUCGUCGCGCAGCGACGCAGGGACGGGAGGCUCGCGCCGGCCGUCGCCGCCGAGGCCUUCUCCAUCGCCUACAUCCACGCGGUCUGCGUCGUGCUGGAGAUCAUCGUCGCCUGCGUGUUCUACAGGAGCUGCAAGAGGAGCGAAGCGGACGAGCUCAGAGAGCUCGAGCCAGAGGAGAAGGGAGACCUCCAGGCUUGAUCACCUAUUCACCUAUCACCUUCAGGCAGCUCCAGUCUGCUGCAUGCACAUUGCACAAGGGAAGAAGAAAGGAAAACCCCACACACAAAUAGUAGCGCCAUAGUUUGUCUUUCUGGUGAAAACCAACAGGAUCAGAUCAUAGGGUACAGAGCUGAUCCAGAGAAAUAUAGUGGCAAGCCGACAUAGAUUUCUGCAAAAUGUUUCUUUUUUUUAUGUAAAGCAAAUUGUAAAAGUUGAGUUCAAAUAAUAUCUGUCUAUUC